GAUCAGUUUGACAACUUAGAAAAACACACACAGUGGGGAAUUGAUAUUCUUGAGAAAUACAUCAAAUUUGUAAAGGAAAGAACAGAGAUCGAACUCAGCUAUGCAAAGCAACUCAGGAAUCUUUCGAAGAAAUACCAACCUAAAAAGAACUCAAAGGAGGAAGAAGAAUACAAGUACACGUCAUGCAAAGCCUUCCUUUCCACCCUGAAUGAAAUGAAUGACUACGCAGGGCAGCAUGAAGUUAUCUCGGAAAACAUGACCUCCCAGAUCACGAUGGACUUGGCCCGCUACGUCCAGGAGCUGAAGCAGGAGAGGAAAUCGAACUUCCACGACGGACGGAAAGCUCAGCAGCACAUAGAGACCUGCUGGAAACAGCUCGAAUCCAGCAAACGGCGAUUCGAGCGGGAUUGCAAGGAGGCUGACCGAGCACAGCAGUACUUCGAGAAGAUGGACGCUGACAUUAAUGUGACAAAAGCAGAUGUGGAAAAGGCUCGACAGCAAGCUCAGAUUCGUCACCAAAUGGCAGAGGACAGCAAAGCCGACUACUCUUCAAUCCUUCAGAAGUUCAACCAGGAGCAGCACGAGUACUACCAUACUCACAUACCCAACAUCUUCCAGAAAAUACAAGAGAUGGAGGAGAGGAGGAUCGUGAAGAUCGGAGAAUCGAUGAAGACGUACGCUGAGGUGGACCGGCAGGUGAUCCCCAUCAUCGGGAAAUGCUUGGAUGGGAUAGUAAAGGCGGCUGAGUCCAUCGACCAGAAGAACGAUUCCCAGCUGGUAAUAGAAGCUUAUAAAUCCGGAUUUGAACCUCCCGGAGACAUCGAAUUUGAGGAUUACGCCCAGCCCAUGAAACGCACUGUGUCAGAUAACAGCCUUUCAAAUUCCAAAGGAGAAGGCAAGCCAGAACUCAAAUUCGGGGGCAAAUCCAAAGGAAAGCUAUGGCCAUUCAUCAAAAAAAACAAGCUUAUGUCCCUUUUAACAUCCCCCCAUCAGCCUCCCCCUCCUCCCCCUGCCUCUGCCUCACCCUCUGCUGUUCCCAACGGCCCCCAGUCUCCCAAGCAGCAAAAGGAACCCCUCUCCCAUCGCUUCAACGAGUUCAUGACCUCCAAACCCAAAAUCCACUGCUUCAGGAGCCUAAAGCGUGGGCUUUCUCUCAAGCUGGGCGCCACGCCAGAGGAUUUUAGCAACCUCCCUCCUGAACAAAGAAGGAAGAAGCUGCAGCAGAAGGUUGAUGAGCUAAAUAAAGAAAUGCAAAAGGAGAUGGAUCAAAGAGAUGCCAUAACAAAAAUGAAAGAUGUCUACCUAAAGAAUCCUCAGAUGGGAGACCCAGCCAGUUUGGAUCACAAACUAACAGAAGUCAGCCAAAAUAUAGAAAAGCUGCGACUGGAGGCCCAGAAGUUUGAGGCCUGGCUGGCCGAGGUCGAAGGCAGGCUGCCGGCCCGGAGCGAGCAGGCCCGCCGGCAGAGUGCGAUGUACGACAGCCAGAACCCGCCCGCGGUGAACAGCUGCGCCCAGGACCGGGAGAGCAGCCCGGAUGGCAGUUACACAGAGGAGCAGAGUCAGGAGAGUGAGGUGAAGGUGCUGGCCACGGACUUCGAUGAUGAGUUUGACGACGAGGAGCCGCUCCCCGCCAUAGGGACUUGCAAAGCCCUCUACACGUUCGAAGGUCAGAAUGAAGGCACCAUCUCUGUGGCUGAAGGAGAGACGCUAUACGUCAUCGAGGAGGACAAGGGCGACGGGUGGACGCGCAUCCGGAGGAGCGAGGACGAGGAGGGCUACGUCCCCACUUCCUACGUCGAAGUCUAUUUGGACAAAAAUGCCAAAGAUUUCUAAAGGCGAGUGAGGGAGCAGGAGCCUCCAGGAGAAGCCAUUCCGUCUGGUCUGCUUGUCUCCACAGGCCACCAGCGCCCCCAGACUGCCCCUGGCCAGCUGGGGCGCCCCAGUCUCCACCUGCAGCCACACCCGACACCUGCAGCGCUCGCCUUUUUCUUUCUUUUUACAGCAUGCUCCUCCAGGCUUCGCUGUCCCGUGGCCAUUGGCCACCUCCCCCAGGACCGCGAGUCUCCCCACCCCUGGCAGGGUCGGUCCUCAUCACUGCCCUCACCUACACAGGCUCCCUUCCCCUGCCCUUCCUGGGCCUCAGUCCACUGGGCUCGCCCUGGCUGGUCCUUCCACAUCUCACACUGUGCCUUCCGUGAAAACUUUGCCCCCGGUCUUCUGGGGAGACUAACGGAUCCAGACAAGGCGGCCAGGCGGCCUCCAGGUGGACUGAGCCCCCGGCUGCUGCCGCCUGCUGGCAUGGCAGGUGUGGAGUGCUCCUCGCCGUGCCGCCGGGCAGUACAGCCCACGACUCCCGAACACUGGCCUCCGUGCCGCCCUGGCCGAGGGCCCCAGUGUGGUGUGCACUGUUACAUCCUGUCCUGAGUGCCCCGGGGAGGUCCACGGGGAAGUCAGACUCGCUCGCGGGCCAGCCCUGUGGCCUUGGCGUGUCCACCUUUCAUGAGCCCCCCAGCCCACCUGUCCCUGGACUCCCCCCUGUCCACGGCGCCACAGGACACGGCAUCCUAGGGGUGCGCUUCACGUCAUGCUAGCUCAGUAAAGGGAAGCUCCUCUUUUGUCCCCGACCCCCCAAAACUAGCAUCUUAGGAUUCCAGUGCUCACAUCUCUGAAGCCCACGCCCCUCAUGGUCCCCUGGGCAGCCCCUGGUCACUGUGUCUGCAUUCGCGGGCUCCUCAGGCCAGGUGGAAUUCACUGAGUUUGCUUUCUGAGCGGAGUUCCCUUCCCCUAAUGGAUCUUUAAGGGAAACUGAGGUCACGCCGCCUGUGGCCGCUCAUGCCAUCCCGCGCCAUCACUGGACAUGAGCUCCUGUGGACACGAGGACCGGCAGGAGCCCGAGGGUGAAAUCGGGCCUCGCGGUCCCUCCACUAGCUGUUGGUAACUAGGGCAUUACCUCCGACCUCCUCAGUUCUCCUUGGCAUUUAUGGAUCUACAAUGAGGGAGUCUUAUGGGAGCCGGCAAGGAUGGGGCGGAAACAGCAGGCCCUAGGGCCCUGGGCUCCUCAUGCACCUGGAAACGAGAAAACGACCUCUCUGAGCAAGCCGGGCUCGCCCACACCCAUCCUCGGGGCAGCGCGGUCAGCCCUGAGUGUCCGGAAGCCGCAGGCAGAUUGCCAGGCGCACAUUCAAGGAGGAAGUGGCUUCAGGCUGAGCAGCGAGCGAGCCUGCCCUCGCCCUUCCCCAGGAGGGGACCAGGCGGGGGCUGCGGCUGGCCC